AAGAGGAUGCGCGCGCAGCACCACCCAGCCGCCAUUGACGAAGUGUCCGCUUGGAGGCGGCUCCUGAGGCUCCGUCCGGCUCAUAUCUUCAGAAACAGCUCUUCUUGCCAAGACGGGAACAGAAAGGCAGGAAUGGCCCUCGCGCUGCCGACGGCCAAGUGCCAGAGACUGGUGACGUUCAGGGAUGUUGCCGUGGACUUCACGCGCGAGGAGUGGGGGCGGCUGGACUCGCUGCAGAGGGGCCUGUACCGGGAUGUGAUGCUGGAGAACUACCAGAACCUGGUGUCGCUGGGUCUUCCAGUUUCUAAACCAGAUGUGAUCUCUCAGUUGGAGCGAGGGGAAGCACCAUGGAUGCCUGAGGGAGAAGUCCUAGGAGACCCCUGUCUGGAUUAUCUUAGUCAGGAAAUUAGAUAUCCAAGCAAGAUCUCCAGUCCAAAACAGGGCCUUUGUACAGGAGCAUCGUCCAAUCCCAGUCUCACAAGGGAUGAUCCCUGGAAUUCCACGAUUGAAGAAAUUUGGGAGUAUUUUAACAGUGUAGAGGGGCCACAGCAUACUCUCCAGACACACUCUAGACAAAUUGGAAGCAGUCACCAAGAGAUUUCCAAUAAGGUAAGCAUCCAAGGAUGUGGAAUGUUUGAGAGAAGUUGUAGCCCAAGGGCAUUGUUUGUGUCACAACAAAGAGUUUCCGCAGAAAGAAGCUUCUAUGAGGUUGAUACCCUUAUAAAGAGCUUUGGACAAUUUUCAGAAGUAAUUAAACAGCAUAGAAUUUCCUUUCAGAAAAAACUCUGUAAGUAUGGUAAAUGUGGAAAGGCCUUCAGUUACCACUCAGACCUUACUGACUUUCAUAUGAUACAUAUUGGAGACAAAUCAUAUGAAUGUAAUGAAUAUGGGAAAGCCUUAAAUAAAGGAUCACACCAUACUUAUCGUCAGAGACUUCAUACUGGAGAAAAACCCUUUGAAUGUAAUGAAUGUGAGAAAUCCUUUAGUCGGAGGACAUCCCUUAUUUACCAUCAGAGAAUUCAUACUGGAGAGAAACCCUUUGAAUGUGGUGAGUGUGGAAAGGUGUUCAGCUAUAAGAUAUCACUUAUUUAUCAUCAAAGAACUCAUACUGGAGAGAAACCCUUUGAAUGCAAUGAAUGUGGGAAAGUCUUUAGCAAGAAGUCUCAUCUUACUCAACAUCAGAGAAUUCAUAGUGGAGAGAAACCUUUUGUGUGUAAUGUAUGUGGGAAAGCCUUCAUCCAGAGGGGGCACCUUACCAAACAUUGGAGAAUUCAUGCUGGAGAGAAGCCUUUUGAAUGUAAUGAAUGUGGGAAAGCCUUUAGCCGAAGGGAACACCUUACUGUACACCAGAGAAUGCACACCAGAGAGAAACCCUUUCAAUGUAAUGAAUGUGGGAAAGCCUUUAGCCUUAGGGGAAACCUUACUCAACACCAGAAUAUUCACACUAGGGAGAAGUCCUAUAAGUGUAAUGAAUGUGGAAAAGAUUUCAGCCACAGGGCUUCCCUCAUUCAUCAUCAGAUAAUCCACACUGGAGAGAAACUCUUUGAAUGUAGUGAAUGUGGAAAGGUCUUCAGCCAUAAGACAUCCCUUAUUUAUCAUCAGAGAAUUCAUACUGGAGAGAGACCCUUUGAAUGCAAUGAAUGUGGGAAAGUCUUUAGCAAGAAGUCCCAUCUUACUCAACACCAGAGAAUUCAUAGUGGAGAGAAACCUUUUGUGUGUAGCGUAUGUGGGAAAGCCUUCAUCCAGAGGGGGCACCUUACCAAACAUUGGAGAAUUCAUGCUGGAGAGAAGUCUUUUGAAUUGUGAGAAAGUAAUAAUUAAUAACGGACUUUUUGGGGACACAGGAACCCCCCCCCCACUCAAGGGCUUAGCUCAGGAACCUUACCUGAUCUCUUUCAAAGCUAGCCCUGAGUCAGUAGAAAUGCAAAUCAGACUCUGAGUAGAGAUGAAGACCACACAUAAGACCUCUGCCCUCAGAGGGUCUGUCUUUCACUUGACCCUGCAGGUGAUGCCCAUUUUCAUAUGAACCACCCUCAGAUCCCAGAAACCAAUAGAACUGAUUGAUGCUAGCCCAUUAGCUUUGAUGAGUGUGUAAGAGCCGCCUCUAGGGAAGACCAUUCUGGGGUGGGCCACACAAGGCUUACACUUCCUCUGGCUCUUGUGCUGACCCAGAGGGAGGUAGCCACACAUCCCCUCUCCUCUCUCUAUCUGGGUAAUGUAGGGCUUCUGAACUGUGGAGCCAUGUGCUCUCUCUCUAUGGUGCUGGAGGUUUUUGGCUUGUGUUAAAUGUGGUCAACUCUUUACUAACAUUUAAUGUGAUUUAAUAAUAAAUGCUUGCCACCAAAACUGGUGCAAUAGCCUCUAAUUUAUAAAUAGCAAUAUAUGAGAAACCCCAGUUAAGUUCCCCAAUAACUUAGAACACAGAUAGGCUUCCCCCUCAAUAUUUCAAGUGACACAGUUUGCCUGACCAUGAAGGGCAUUUUGGACCCUGAAAUCUUCUGACCCUCUCUUUAAGAAACUUGGGUAAGAAAUUCUCUGUUUGUAUGUCUAACCUAUUUUCGCUGAUUUUAUGUGCCCAUUUCUAAAUUUUCACAAGCUUAUUUUCCCUUCUUGCUUUCUGAUCUAAGUGCCUACUUUUCCCCUCAAACUUUUCUUUUUUACUCUGCCUAACAGGCAAACAGGAAGAUAUAAGAAAAAGGUUUUUUUUUGUUGUUGUUGUUGAGAUGGUUUUAGGCUGUUACUUUAACAAAUCAGAGCCAAAAUCAUUUUACAGACUGAGCUGAUAAGAUCCUGUUAGGGUUUUGGGUUUUUUUUUUUUUUUUGUGUGUGUGUUUUAUUUUUCAUAUAGAAAGGUAUAUUUUGAAAUACAUUAUGGGGAUUAAAAAUACCAAACCCUAUUUUAUUCCACAAGGGACUCUCCUAGAAAAAGUUCUUUUAGAAUGGAAUAAAGAAACACUACCAAUUCAGCCAGGAAUGACAAAAAACCCCCAACAACAACAACAACAACUUAUUAAACUUUGUUUUACCUGGUCCACAACUUGUUUUAACCCCUCAUAGGAAACUCCUUGGCCUCGUUUUGGAACCUUUGACUCUCAAAUACUGACGGAUUUAAAAUCUGCUUUUGUAAAUACGAAUCCCAAACAUUUAGUCUACUGGAGUUUGUAGAACAGUUUGAGCAAAAUCACCCAGGAGGAGACAUGAGCUUCUCCCUCCCCCCUCCCCCUCCCCCCGCCUUGUAGGACGGAUGCUCACCUGAGCAGUCUGCCUCAUCUGCUUCUCCUCAAACUCACCUUCCUGUUCCCUCACUUUCUUCAAAUCCUAAGGCUACUCAUGUCUUGCCACAUUCUCCAUGUCGUCGCCAUUUCCACUGUUCUUUUUUGCCCUGUUCUCUCCUGGGUCUCCACCCAUCCAUGGAGGCGCCUAGCAAACUGGUCCCUCCACCCACGCACAGUCCCAUGGCUUCUACUGCCAACAGGCCAUGUUCCUGGUCUUCUCUAGUUUUAGAGAGAACAGAGAAGCCUGACCCCAUCUUACCUCUACAGGAGAUAAUUUACCAUCGUGGGAAUAGAUGUGGGAUGAAUCCCUUAAAUUCCAGAGAUGCUCAUUUCCUUUGUAGUCAUUUUGCUGAUCUGUUUUUAAGUACCUUUUAAAAGGAAUAGAAUCUGAAGGCACCAAGAGGGAAAACAAAAGGAGAGAAGAAAAAAAAAGAGAGGAAGAGAAAGAGAAAGAACUAGAGAAGCCUGCUCUAGGACCAGAGAAAGAAAAGGUGGAAGAGACUAUAGAGGAGAAACGUAAGCUGAAGAAAGAGGUGCCAGACAAGUACCAGCCCCUGAGGACCCACGCACAAUCCAGAGUAUUUUAGCUUCCAUGCAGGAAAUUUCUAGUAAGCUGAACCAAGUGACUGACAGUCGCCAUCAGCCUUCGAGAACCUGUUUCUAUUACCAUAAACAGGGGCACAUUUUGCAGGAAUUAAGAAUAAGGCAGCCAGAGGUUUGAGGAUUUUAGAAGCUCCCAGAUGGUGGGCACAACCAGAACAGUUCUGGAUUCCCUCAGAGGAAUAAGGGCAAUGAGGAACCCCAACUUUGAAGGUCCAGCUCAAAUGCUGCAUAAAGGUUCUUUGUGUUACUGCAUCUACAUUGGAAAUUAAUUGUAUGGGUUUUUAUUAUCAUUGUCAUUCUUUUAAACUUGUGUUUUAACUUAUAUUAGAAUAUGUUCUGAUUUUUCACAAAGGGAAAAGCAUCUACAUACUAAAUGCAUACUAUAGAUAAAGAACAUGUUGGUGAUUGUAUAAAUAUACAAUAAAUAUAGCUUAUAAAAAAGGGAUAGAUUACAUUGAUUCCCAAGGUAAUGUGGUUUUUAUUAUUAAUACAUUGAUGGAAAUCAUGUAAUAAUGAAUAAUGUUGUCAGUCAUUUACAUUUGUCAUUUAUUAUCUAUGUGAUUAUACUUAUACACUUGUAAUAUUAUUUGGAAUUAUUGUAUAUCUCAACUAUAUCCUGAGUCAAGAAGCACAUUCACACUCUUUGCUAUCAUCAUUAUCCUCAAUUGUGACAAUCCCAAUGAGCCUUGGAUUAUGGGAAUUUACCAUUUGAGAUGUUAAUUGAUUUUAUUCUGAGUCUACCAGAUAUGAUCCUACUCCUGAGCAGCCAUGAUGCCAGCCACCCCAAGGGGGCACAUGCAUGAAGAGCAGGUACUGACCUGUCCUGGGAAAGGCUGGGAGGAUGACCAUUGGCAAGGUUGACGUAGGCUUCUUUUGGUUUCAUUUUCCUCCCAGUUUGUCACACAAUGUGGAUGCGCACCCCACCCAUCUACCCAUCUGAUUUUAAGCCUGGCACACUGCAUUUGGCUGUCCGGAAAACUUUUGCCUGAAACUGCCACGAAGUUUGGGAAAGCUCAUCUCCCUCACUUCUUUAUUCUUUUGUGGUAACUUCCUGUAAUUAUCUCAGAUGUCAUAGGAUGAGCACAGUAUUGGAGUUGGCCUUGACAUCUGUUACCGGUUGUGUUAGAUUCUCUAAUUUCUCCUAAUGGCAUAAGGAUAAUUAGGCACAUGAUGCAAAGACUGAUGAAACUAGUAUAUAAAUCCUUUUCUUAAUGAAUAUCACAAUUGGCUCACUCCUGUAUACUAGUAUAACUUGUGGACUCUUCUGCAAAUGCUUUAAAGAGAUAUCCUCUUUUGUUAGAAGUUAUUAUAACUGAAGUUAAUCUGACAGCUUUUCUAUUAUACCUUCUCAAUUCAUUCUCCACAUGGGGGAUUAUAAUAAUGUUAAGUUAAAAAAAAGUUCCAAUUUUUGUUUUUAUUAUAUAUGUUUCAUAUGUAAGAACUGGACAAAACAUAAUUGUACAAUCUCUAAAAGAUUCUGAAUUUCCUUAGAUCUAUGUUUUGGAGAACUCUCAUUGUUUAUUUGGUUAUGGACAAAGUUAUUUAAAGUUGUGUUAAGAUCAGUUUUGUAGGAAACUUACCAGCUGAGCAUCAGCAUCUAAAGAACCUGACAAAGAUUUCUCUGCAAGCUCACCUGAGACCACGUCCAGACUCCAGAGCCGCAUCCACAUGGUGUCCCAAGAGCUGCAUCUGGGAUUUCCAGAGACUUAAAUGGACAUUUCCCUUUUCGUUUCCCCUUUCCUGUUGCGUACGCCAUUUGUGACGUCUGCCUCCUAAAGGGGACUUCCCCCUUUAGUUUUUGUCAAUGUUUUGCUCAGAUUUUUCCUCUCCUUUUAUUCCCCUUCACAUUGUUAAUCGUUAUAAGUCCCACUAAGAACCCUUUGUAAAAUAUUUGUAAUAUUAGUUAUUGCUUCAGUUAAGGAAACUGUUUCUUAAAGAAUCCUCUGGGGGAUUAUGAGAAAAUAAUUAUUCAUAAUGGACUUUUUGGGGACACAGGGACCCCCCCCCAACACUCAAGGGCUUAGCUCAGGAACCUUACCUGAUCUCUUUCAAAGCUAGCCCUGAGUCAAUAGAAAUGAAAGUGAGUAGAGAUUAAUACCACACCUACCUGAAAGCCUUUGCCCUCAGAGGGUCUAUCUUUCACUUGACCCUGCAGGUGAUGCCCAUUUUGAUAUGAACCACCCUCAGAUCCCAGAAACCAAUAGAAAUGAUUGAUGCUAGCCAAUUAGCUUUGAUGAGUGUGUAAGAGCCGCCUCUAGGGAAGACCAUUCUGGGGUGGGCCACACAAGGCUUACACUUCCUCUGGCUCUUGUGCUGACCCAGAGGGAGGUAGCCACACAUCCCCUCUCCUCUCUCUAUCUGGGUAAUGUAGGGCUUCUGAACUGUGGAGCCAUGUGCUCUCUCUCUAUGGUGCUGGAGGUUUUUGGCUUGUGUUAAAUGUGGUCAACUCUUUA